CCUCGAUUUUGACAAUGAUAGCUGUCGCCGAGUUGUUUUCUGGGUUCGUUGUGGUGAGGUCCUUGAGAUCUGACUUCCCCGUACGUUUUUAGUCCGUGCUUGGGAUGGUGGAGGCUGGCAGCUAUCAGAGAUCCACAAACGUAGUGACGGCCCCACGCUGUGUAAGUUCGGCCCUGAAAAGGACCUUUGGUGUUGCGAUCCUGAUCGGGGGGCCCUUUUCGGGCGUUCGAUUGCCGGGUUGGUGACAUUGGUUUGUGACAAAGCACGCAACAGAGGAGACCACGGGUCAACACCAAGCUCACUGACACCUUCGUGGGAUUUCCAGAGGAGCCCCCCCCUUCCCCCAAAGAGUAUGUCGUCUACUAGAAGUCCACGCUUUGCUCAGAUCAAAGUUUCUUCCACGGAGAACACUUAGAUAACUGGACAAGCAGAAUAAUCUUUCCGUGCAAUGUCUACCAAAACCAUUACAUUCCUGGCUCUCGGAGUAACCGCCAUUGCCCUGAUAGUGGUGAUUAUCGGAACGGGGCUAACUGGAGAUCGACUCAGGAGGGCGGGCAUCAACCCAAUGAAGUACGGGAUAGUCCUGGAUGCCGGCUCUUCCCACACGGCGCUCUUCAUCUACGAGUGGCCGGCUGAGAAGCAGAACGACACGGGGGUGAUUGCCCAGCGCCACCUUUGCGACGUUAAAGGAGGAGGGAUCUCGAGUUACAAGAGCUCCCCAUCCGGGGCCGGGGAGUCACUCCGGGCGUGCAUGGACGAGGCCAAGGCCAUCGUGCCCAAGGACCGCUGGGCUGACACGCCGCUGGCUCUGGGGGCCACUGCCGGCAUGAGGCUCCUGGAGAUGAGUGACUCGGUGGCAGCGAAGGCAGUGCUGUCCUCGGUGCGGGAGGUGCUCGACUCGUCUCCGUUCUCGUACCACGAGGCGCGCAUCAUCUCGGGCCAGGAAGAGGGGACCUACGGUUGGAUGACGGCCAAUUACUUCUUGUACAACUUCAUUCAGUUCACAUGGCUGGGCAAAUGGCAAUGGACCACAUCCACGAAGCCCGUCGGAGCCUUGGACCUGGGUGGAGCAUCCACUCAGAUCACAUUUAUGACUGAGGAGCCUCUGCAGGGCUCACCGGACAGCCUGACCAUCCAGCUGUACGGAAGAAAGUACCACGUGUAUUCCCACAGCUACCUGUGCUAUGGACGUGACCAAGCAAUCAAACGCUUCCUCUCCACUCUAUACAAGGCUUCUCCUGGAGCCCAGGUGGACAACCCAUGCUACCCAACAUUAUACUCCGUUGCGUACAACCUCAGCUCCAUCUACGACAGUCCCUGUACGAGCGACGAGAGGCCGGCGAAUUAUGAUCCCAACCAAUCCGUGACUUUCCGAGGCACGGCAGACCCUGCCGCAUGCAACAACACGAUCUCCAGCAUCUUUAACUUCUCCGCCUGCAGUUCGCCCAACUGCACCUUCGAUGGAGUCUGGCAGCCGCCCGUGCAAGGCCAGUUCUUGGCUUUUUCAACUUUCUUUUACACCAUGGAUGCGUUCAACUUAACCGACUCGAAAGCCUCGCUGAAUGUCGUCACGGACACUUUCGAUUCUCACUGCGCGAAAACCUGGACUGAGGUUACAGCACAAAAUCCCGGAAUUAAAGCCGACCGCUUGAAAGACUACUGCUUUCAGGCAUAUUAUGUUUACACGCUGCUGAUUAAAGGCUACAAAUUUGACACAGACAACUGGCAAAGCAUCACUUUUCAGCGGAUGGCGGGAGGUGGGAACCUGGGUUGGGCCCUUGGAUUCAUGCUCAACGUUACGAACAGGGUGCCUGUGGAGAUGCUCCCAGAGCUGUACAGCACGGCCGAAAUGGGCUUGGGUUUCCUCGCCACCCUGCUCAUCCUCACCUUCAUCAUUGUAUUAUUUUGGGUGCACCACCUGAAGCGAAAGUAGCAUUCGUCAUGUCAGCUACACUAACAGGGUGCAAUCAUACAUAUGUAUACGGGUAUUUUAGCUAACACAUUGAGAAGUGAAUUAAAAUCUUUUUUUUAUGUAAAGGUGCACGUUGGGUGGCAGUGUGGCACAGUGCCUCAGAGAAAAAAGGGCCUGGGUUUAAUUCCUAACCUUGGAACUUUUAUGUGUGGAGUUUGUAUGUUCUUCCAUUUUUCUGUAUGGGUUUCCCUGUUUCCUCCAAAAGCAAUCCACACGUAAUGUAACUAAUAUUGGCCAAAACAUUCCAAUGAUAAAGAGCUACUUAAAAACUACUUAAUUGUGAUGACACAAUAAUAUCACCCCACUAUCAAAGUAUGAAAAAAAAUUGUUUUUUACCCUUUCUGGGAAUAAAAUAGGUGUUAAGAUGUCCACACACCAAAUAGAAACCUGUUUCAAAGAAUCAAGUCUGCAUUAACCACACGUACUUAUGAUGAACAUACAAACAUUCUCUAAUAUAUUCAUUGUCUUUGAAACUGAUUGGCCUCCACUGGAGACAGCAGCCUUCUUUAGGGCCCUGUCUCACCAGUGGUAGACCAGUGAACGGAGAAUAUUCAGUCAGAAAUAAAGCUCGAGUUGGAACUAUGUGUUGUUAUAUGAAGCUCAUCUUUACAUACAUGAACCUCGAGCAAAACCCUGACCCAAAGCUGUCACAUUCACCACUCAACAUGUGUGUUUUUAUGGACCCUGCAAC